AUGGGUUCCACGAACAACAAUGUCCGGCACUUCUUUAAAUCCGCUGUCGGUCGAAGCUCUCUUACCACUCCACCUUCGCACAAACCAGACAACACCAACUUGGCCGUUAUGGACCUCCCCUCGGAAAUACUUUGUCAAGUUUUCGAACAUAUUAUCGCUCCUUUUAAAGAAUACUAUGAUGACAAUCUUGUACCGCAGUAUUUCAGGGGUAGGGGUAUCCGCUUUCAAGUCGUCGAGAGCUCCUUCUCCCAUGAAUCACCCUCUUCAACUGAUAACCUCACUGUCACUGGUGAAGUAUCCAUUCGAAACUUGAACCAGAUGGUUGCAACUCGACAGGCCGUCGACCCUCUUGCAACCUACCGAGAGAUCGAGUCCGGUACUGCUGAGACAAUUCCGGAUGGAUGGCUCCAGAGCGAAGGGGUUGCCCAACAAUUGGAACAGUUAUCCUGGGAUGAGGACGAGAUGACCGAGGAGGAUACAGACGAUUACUCCGACAGUGAUGAGUCGAGCGAUGAUGAGUCGAGCGAUGACGACACGGCAGAUAACGGGGAGGAUGUUGCUGCGUUCGUUCCCAGAGCAUCUAGUCGUAGGCUUGUGCUUGAUCGAGAUCCCGUAUGCGAUCCUGAUGGUGCCAAGCGGGCAUUUCUCGCUACGAACAGGCGGGAUGAUGCCUCUUGCAUCAAGUCAUCGCCCUCUGGUGAGCCAUCCUCUAAAGGCUCAGCCCAAUCUUCAACGCCGACACCUUCAAAAGUCUCUACUCCUGCGACGCCUCUCCUCAGAUCUGCCAUCGCCAUCCCGGAAUCAAGUUCCCUCGCCACAGCGGAGGAUGGCAAAGACGCGGAGCACCUGGACUCUCCAAUAUUUGAUGAUGAUGAUGAUGAUGAAUACAGUGAUCCAUUAGAAUAUGUGGACUACGAUUUCGUCAUGGUCUACAGGCCACAUAUCUGGGAGACAGACGAGGAGAUUGUCGCUCUGGAAACGCCGCGCCGCGCUUGUCCACACUCCACCGCUUACGAGCCACGCUGUCGUUUUCGUUCUCCCCAUCAGUACCAGAACUUGCUGCGACUUUCUCAGCUAUCACCAGGUGUCACAAAAGAACUCGGAAAAACCCUGUACCCCAACUGCACGGCCGAAUUCCCCUACGGCCCCCACCUCUUCCCCGUCUUCGCCGCGGAGCGCCCCGCCAUCCUGCCCAUGAUCCGCGGAAUCAUCCUGCAUCUCGACUGCUCCGCCGACUUCAACGACACCAUAACCACGGAGCUGGCGCACAUGCUGUCCUUCUUCUCACCGUCCCUGCGCCCCGACUCACCUUGCAGGAAACUGGCAUUCCUCACCGUGAAGCUGCGCACCAGCCUGGUUGACAUUCCUCGCUGGCCGCAGGAGAACGUAGAGGUACCCUUGACGGAAAAGCAGCUCAUCAUGGACAAGCUGAGGGAAUGGGGGCCGCUCUUUCGAGCUGUGCACACCGACGAAUUUCUUCUAAGGUUGGUGGGUAUUCGGCAUGAAGUUUGCUCCGCGGCGCAAGGGGUGCCUUAUGGAAUGGGGCAGGAAGAUUGGGAAAGAGAGGUGACGAACAGGGAGAUAAUGGCGAUGUGGAGAUAUGCCGGUUUGCUUGAGUGA